CCGCAUCAAUAAAUCCCCUUGCGUGGCCACUGACCAUUGCAAGAGAAGACCCGGGAUUGGAAAUCCUCCUAGUCUUCUCUUAAGCGCAACGAAAGAAAAAAAAACGUUAAACGGGCAAAGUGCAGCGCGCUAGUCUCUUUGUUUUUCUCUUCCUGGUCUGAGAGUGACAGCCGAGAAGCCAAGCGACAUCUUCAAUACUUUUACUCGCUUCAUUCGCCCUCGCCAUGACCGUUGCUGCACCUCCAGUGCCUCCAGUGCAUGAGAAUGGCAUGAACGGCAGCGUCUCUAGCCACCAUGUCAACAUGAGUCUGCCGCGGUUUCACCCCAUUGCCAUGAACCCUGGCCAGCCAGGGCCCACGGAGGCCAUGAUGCAUGGCCAUCAGCCCUAUCGUCAUUUCCCACCACCGCCGAUGCAAGAGCAAGCCCCGUCAAUGCCUUCCGGCCCUCCAGGGCCCCCGACGCCGAACCUAGCUAGUAUAGAUCACAUCGAGGCUCGCCUGAGGCAACUGGAACAUGAGGAAGCCGCUCGGAUGGCAGCCCGUAGCCACUUACUUGCUAUUCGAAAGCGAGAGGAUGAAGAAUUCCGUAGGAUGACCGAGAGCGCCGAGGUAGAGGAAGAGGAACUGCGUAGGCAACGGAAACGACUGAAGCGGGAAUCCAUGGGCCUUUAUAAUUCAAGCGUUGAAUCUCCUCCCCUCCGUCCCACGCCGCCGCGCCGUUUGUCAGAGACAAAUGCGGCCACCACACUCGCCUUUCUCCAGCAACAGAAACCCCAAGAACCCCGAAAUAUCGCUCCUCCCCCACCGCCGCAAGCACAUAUUCCUCAACCACCUCAUCCGCAACAUAUGCACCACGAUUCCACGGGCAACGGUUCGAUUCGACGGAAGCAGAAAUACACUAUCAAGAACGUGGAAGCCUGGGGCGAGCGCCACGGACGACCGGCAGCACAUGACCCCACUGGACGGGCUCUCUGGAAGCGUCCUUCAGACGGCAGCCUGGUUUACCUCACAUGCCCGGUGGCCGGCUGCGGCAAGGCCGACUUCGUAACGCUCCAUGGCUUUAUGUGCCAUCUCACCAAGAAGCACAAAGAUCGUAGCCUAGGCAGCCAGUCCCGGGCUCUCGAGGUCUGCGGCGUUGUUUACGACCCCGCCGCUCCCCUUCCACCUGUUUCCGCGCGCCACCGCGCCUCAACAGAGGAAAGCCGAGUCGACUCUGCGCCAACGGAUCCGGAGGUGUAUCCUCAGGACAACGAGUACUAUACCGGAUCGGACGAUGAGAGCCCCGGCCACUCGGUAGUCAAGACCGAGGCCACAGACAGACCGCUUCCUCCCCCCGGAGCUCUCCUCACGCCGGCCGAGGAACAACCGCCGGUAGCGGCACCCGCACCCCCCAAGACGAACAGCUCCACGCGGCAGUCGAUUUCUUCCAUCAUUGACCGUGAGCCUGAAACGGGACCUGCCCUCCGGGAACACGAUCACUCCCCCUUCCCUCCCCUCUACAACACCAUCUCGAAAAUGGAGCCCACGACGCCGGAAGAAGCAGAGCUAAAAGCGCGAGAGCUGAAGCUCAAAGGCGAGCUGGGCGAAAAUAAGGAAAACACAGAGGCGAAAUGA